AUGCACCUCUCUUUGUGACUUUUUACCAAUGUGUGGUGACUGUCGUGAUGUGUGCCAUACUUAGUGUGCUAGGGAAAGCAGUUCCAAAUAUAGUCUCUUUCCCUCCAAUGAAAUUUGAUUACAAGGUUACCAGAGAGGUGUUACCAUUAUCUUUGGUAUUUGUAGGAAUGAUAACAUUCAACAAUCUGUGCUUGAAGAAUGUUGGUGUGGCAUUCUACAAUGUUGGCAGGUCGCUUACAACUGUUUUCAAUGUGAGUCUUUCAUACUUUGUGCUGAAGCAAACAACCUCUAUGAGAGCUAUCUUGUGCUGUCUUGUUAUCAUCAGUGGAUUCUUAUUAGGUGUCAAUCAAGAAGGAUCAUUAGGUACCUUAUCAUAUCGUGGUGUAAUGUAUGGUGUUGUAGCUAGUCUCUGUGUAUCACUGAAUGCUAUCUUCACUAAGAAAGUACUGCCGGUUGUAGAGAGUAACAUCUGGCGACUCAUGUUCUACAACAACCUCAACGCAAUCGUCCUCUUCCUCCCUCUCAUGCUAAUAUGCGGGGAAUUCUCCAUCAUUCGGACGUUCGAGCACCUGUCCAGUCUUCAGUUCUGGGGUAUGAUGACCAUAAGUGGCGUAUUUGGAUUUGCAAUUGGUUUUGUGUCUGGUCUCCAGAUAAAAGUAACCAGUCCCUUGACGCAUAACAUCAGUGGUACGGCCAAGGCGUGUGCGCAGACCAUUCUGGCUGUUACGUACUUCCAGGAGAUCAAAACAUCCUUAUGGUGGAGCAGUAAUUUUAUGGUGCUUGGUGGUUCUGCUUUCUAUACGUAUGUCCGCAAGCAGGAUAUGGAUAGAGAAGCGGUAGAGAAUCAGAGAGCAAAGGCUGAGCUAGAAGAGGCAAAAACACUCACUUCUGUGAAAUCCUAGAUUUACCUUGUAAUAUUCCUCAAUUUUAACAUUCUCUUAUUACCUUGAUAAUAAAGUCUCUUUCUAUUUAAUUUUAUAUCUAGUUCUUUGAUAGUGCCAUGGUAAUAAAGUUAUUCACACAUAAAGUAUAUUUUCAAAACUUAGUACAAAGGUAAUGAUUAUUACCUAUAAAAGUUUUUUUUUGGGUCUAAAUACAAGUCAUAUUUUGCAUGCUACUUUCUUUCCAAGACCAAAGCAGUAAACAUAAAUACCUUGUUGCCCUUUUCUGGGUUUUGCCUAUUGGAAUACUGUACAAAUAUAACAGCGUGAAUACCACAUUACACAGUUGGAGGUAAUAAAUGUGAUAAUAUUGCUGGCUCCUCUUUUGGGGUGCAUCAAAUUUUAUUGACCUUAAAAGAACCAUAUUGCCCUCAUCAAAGACUCUGGUCAAUAUGAUUCUGUUGCGAGCAAUAUAUUUGAUUUCCCUUCAAGGCCAGUCAAUAUUAUAUUAUAUUUUUGAAAUAAAUCUCAGUAUAUUUUCUACAAAUAUUUGCUAGACAAACUGACUAGAUGCUUUGUGAAACACAAGAUUUGCAAUUUGACUUAUGAAUCAUAACUAUAGAAAGAAAACAAUAAAAGCAUCUUGAAUGAAUACAUGUAUUCAAAUUGUUUUAAAAACACAUUGCUCUGAGCGCCGAUAUGGGUCUUAUACUAAUAAGCACAUGCAAUAAUGUUAGUGAUUGUCUGUAGCCAAUUUAUUUAUAUUGUAUCUCUUCACGCUUAGAUGAUAAAUCAGAUAAUUUAUACUGUAAUGUAAAGUUCCAUUUGUGCCAAGUAAGACAUUGCUGCAAUGAAUGAAUCCAGAUGCCAAUGAUGUCCUAAUCCUACAUGAGUAAGUAAACAUUUUUGCAAAUCCCUUAUCAAUAAAAUUUACUUGAGAUCGAAACUAGAAAGUGUUUAUGAAACAAUUAUAAUUUUAAUAGUUGAAAAGGUGUCUUGAAAUGGAUUUUUAAUGCAACCCUUGUAGGAUUAUGACAUCAUUGAUAUCUGGAUUAGUUGCAUUUAUGCCUUACUUUGGCUCAAAUAAAACUACAUCACUGCAAAGAAUACACCUACUGAUCAUCCAAGCAUGAAGACAUACCACAUAAAUAUUAUCUCAAAUUAAUUUGGAGAAGAUACUCUUUCUGGCCAUAUAUAAUGAUUAUGCGUUCAUGACAUAUUUUUUCAUUAAAUUGGGGAUUUGUGAGGUGUCAUUUUUUUUUACACACAUGACACAAUAUUAUGACUGAAAAAAAGUGCUGAAUAUGAUCAAAGUCAGAUCUUAUUAUUUUUUAAAUGUAGGUCCAGGAUAGCUUGUGUACAUAUGAUGUUAUCCAUCACCAAUUCUGCUGUAGUAUAAACUAUUAAAAGCUGUAUAUCUGUGUGAAUAUUUGAUUUGUUGAUUAUUUUUGGAAUGAUAUUUACGAUCUUGGGUUUAUUUUGUUGUCUCUCCUGAACGAAGUUUGGCAGAGACGUAGACUAGUAAUCACUUUUCCUGUUAAUCUGUUGGUCUGUUACAAAAAAAAUGAUAGUUUUCGUUCAACUUGCUCUCAUUUCUUUAUUUCUUCAUGAAUUGAGUUCAUACUUGGUACAUAUGAUCCUUGGGUAAUACCACAUGUGUGUCCAUGAGGAUGAGGGGGCCAAAGGUCAUCUAGGGGUCAAAAGGUCAAAUGAUAAUGUUAAAGUUUUUGUUCAACCCGCAAAUCUGCAACCGUAAAUCACUUUUCAACCAAACUUGGAUGGUAGAUGGACUUGGGGAACCUGCAUGUUAUGCUCCAGUCGGAGGUCACAUUAUGAGGUCAGAGGUCAUUUUCAGGUCAAUGUUAAAGUUUACAUGCAAGACUCUCUUAUGACACCUAACUCAGCAACCGUAAGUCACUUUUCGACCAAACUUGGGUUGUAGGUGUACUUAGGAGACCUGCAUGUUAUUGUGUUCAGAGGUCACAUGGUAUGAUCAAAGUUCAUUUUGAGGUCAGCAUUAAAGUUUACGGGCAAGACUCUUAUGACAAGUGUUAUUCCAUCCCAGUUAUUUCACAAUGAAGUUUCGAUACAAAUCUGUUGCGUGCCCUCGCAAAUCACGAUAUUUCUGGUUAUUUUCAUAAGUGGGCGAGACACAAAAUCGCUUAUGCCUUGUUUACAUUUUUGUUCAAUUUUCCUCAUUUCUGCAUCAACUUUUAUCACACUUGGUUCAAAUGGUCCUUGGGUAAUACCACAUGUGUCUUCAUGAGGAUAAGGUCAAAGGUCAUCCAGGGGUCAAACGAACAUACUGCAUAUUUUAUUGAUUGUGAAAUCAGGCGAGACUUGUGGUUUGCAAACCACCAUGUUUUGGUUCUUCUCAUGUCUCAAAUGAAUUUUCCUUUAUUUCUUAAUACUCUGUAUUGUAACUUCCUUCUAGUGCAAUUUUGUAACUGAAUAUUUUUUAUUCCUAUAUAUGGUUUGUACUAAAAUUAUGUAUUUAUGUUCCUUUAUACAUGUUUGUAUAUGUUUUACUUCUUUCAUUACGGCAGUGUCCUACUGCAGUUAAAAUCUUAUAUAUUUAGUCAUGUAUGAAAUACUUGUAAAUGUGUAUUCAUCACUAGUCAUCAUUUUCUCAUUUAUAUCUUUACUAUUUUCCUGUCAUUGGUUUUCUUAUAAGGAAUACACAGAAUCGUAAUCAAAAGGGGUUCUUUGUAUGCAAUUUAAAAACAUACAACUAAUAGGGUUGUAGCCACUAAAGAAAAAAUAUUUAUAUAACAUUCUUAGAGGUAAUAUACGUAUAUGUGGCUAAAGCAGUACCUUUGUUAUAAAAAGCAUUUCUGAUGCAUGUUUUAUGUUAUGUGAAGGAUAGAAGAUCAUAUUUGGUAUAUUUUUGUACAUAGUGCACUGAUGAUGACAACAUAUUGGUAAAUUUAAAGAUAUAUAUUGGUAUCAUGAUCCACUGUAAUUCAUGUGAAAAAUGAAUAGGCUUUUUAUAAUAUCAAAAGCCUAUUCAUUUUUUAGAUAUAUUAUAUCUAUAAAGUAUCAAGUAAUUUGACCCAUAGCAACAAGAGCCUCUGAAUGAUAAUUGUCAACAUAAGAUGCACGUAUUUGUUAUUAAAAAAAGUGAAUCGAUUAUUAAUAUAUGAAUCUUUGAGACUUGAGGGAACUUGUUGAAUUAAUUGACUAAAAACAAAAAUCGUCUUUCAUGUACUGGUAUAUUUUGUGGACUUUGUUUUUUUAGAAAUUUGUUCUACUCUUAUUUAGUCUAGAUGAGCAUCGCUUCAACAAUAUUAUUUUCUGAUUUGAUUGAUUUGGUAUAUCACAUUCCAUGGGUUAUCACUUGUCAUUAUUCUCUCAAUUCUCUUACUUUACUUUUGAAAUAAUGAACUCAAGUAAAGACAGUUGUAUCCUCCUCCCUUGCAAUAAUUUUUUUACUCACCUAAGCCAUAUCUAUUUUGGUCAGGCUUACCACUUACCAGCAUAUGUGCUUUAAUACAGUACAUACACCUUCACUCCUUGAGCAAUUAGGAUUGCUGGCAUAGCAAUCAUUGCUGUGUGUUGAAAGAGUUACAAUGUCUGGAAUUUAUUAAAUAUUAGCAUAGGUUUCAGUAUAUUUUUUUUUGCACUUUGUUGUCAAAUAUCAAUGAUACUUUUUGAUAAUCAAAUGUCUCAAAUCAGUAAUAAACAUCUGACAAACAUUCAAUUAUAGUGUGAAAAAUAUUAUUUGGUUGCCGAUUGUUGGUGAAUUGAUCGAAUGCAUUGAUUUUUAGAGUUUUACUCCAGGCCUAAUAUAAAUUUCAUGUCCUUUGUAGACAUUAUAAUUUUUGUUUUUGUCAUUGUAUAUUGCACAGUUUGCUGUGUUUUUUUUUCAUUUAUCCACCAUUGAUCAUUUUUACCUAAAGUGCUCUUAAUUCUUUGUAUGAAAACCCAGUGUUUUUGUAACUUAAACAAUAAAAAUUUCAUUACAGUAUA